GAGAAAAUAAAUAAUGGGCUAGUUCCCUAUAUCUCUGAAUGGCCUCAGGUCAUACUUACAUGAACUAUCCCACACUGGUGCCAAACGAUGUGGAUUUGAAGAACAAGCUAUUAGAUUAUGUAAAGGCGGAGGGAUUAGUAGACUUGGAGGCCCUGGUUACCCCUGAGCAGCUUGUGGUAUUUGGGUUUGUGGAUAUUGCAAACCUAUAUGCCGAAGGACGGCGUGCCAUUUAUUCAGCGGAGAAUGACUCCGACACUCAACUUGUUCAAUCGGUUAUGGUGCGUUCAUUUAACGUGCCUUCUGCCUUCACAUGUGACAUUGCUAAGGCAUUGCCUAUAUUUGCGUCUACCUUGGGUCCACAGAUUGCAUACCUUGAAGGCUUUAGUUACACAAAAACUAACUGCCAGGCUGCCAUGUUACAGGUUUCGAGCUUUGUGCAUUUGUGGGACCUACUCACGCGUGCACGGCGUCUGUCGCGUCCCCGGAUUGGGGGUCUGAGGCGUGACAGGUCAACCACUUGCAGAGCUCCAAGAUGGUCAACAGAGCUGCGUCAGCUGAGAGCUGAGCUGACAAGGGUGGAGUGGCUGGUUGACUCUGACAUGUUUCAAGAUACCGUAGUCGUCGCCUCAAUGAAUACCACAAUAGAAAUCUACAAUGAUAUCCAUGGGAAGGUAUUAAAGCAUCGGCCUGACUUCUCGAUUAACGAGCUAGCCUUCUUCGAAGGACAAGAAGUUGAUGAGCAAGGCAAGAAAGAAAGAGAGGACUUGGAGGGUUUGCCAAGCUUCGACGCGUGGGUGGCUGGAGCACCCGAGGCAGAAGUUGAACCCUCCAGCACUCCUCCAAUGUCUCAGGCUGUCACCACUCCAGCUCAUCCUUCUCCAGCUCGUGCUGAUGCAUCCAUCCCCAUGGAUUUGACGGAUGACUAGGGUUUUAGGCUUUUUCUUUUGUAUUUUUUGUGUUGGUUAGUUGAUCAUUUUGAACAAUUUUAUCAUUGUCUCCUGUAUUGCCAUGUAUACAUUUUUGGAAAGGGAUACAAUUUGGACAAUUCUCUAUGAAAUUUUUGUAUUCAUUGAAUUGUGUAUACACCUUACAUUUGCUAGAUAACAAUACAAACUAACUGUAAUA